AUGCGGCCCCGCCGCCCUUCUGCAGCGGCCCCGCCGCUCCUCUGCAGCGGCCCUGCCGCCCUACCCAGCGGCCCCGCCGUCCUUCUGCAGCGGCCCCGCCGUCCUUCUGCAGCGGCCCCGCCGCUUCUCUGCAGCGGCCCCACCGCCCUAUCCAGCGGCCCCGCCGCCCUCUCUGCAGCGGCCCCGCCGCUCCUCUACAGCGGCCCCGCCGCCCUACUUCAGCGGCCCAGCCGAGCCGCCCAGCAACAGAGCAGCCGAGCCGCCCCGCCGCCGAGCCGCGCUGCAGCCGAGCCGCCCGGCCACCCACCAGCCGAGCCGCCGUGCAGCCGACCGCCCAGCCGCCGAGCCGCCCAGCUGCCGAGCCGCCCAACCACCGAGCCGCCCAGCAGCCGAGCCGCCCUGCAGCUGAGCCGCCCGAGCAGCCCUGUCUGUGUCCUCGCUUUUUACGCUGAGGGUCGGGCCAUUAACUUUGAGGUCGGGGUAGAUGACCUACAGCUGUUCUUACAGUGCGAUAGGGCGGACGGCCUCUCUCUCUUUGACCUCACCUCUGGCGCUUCCCCUGCCCCUGCUGCUGAUGCUGACGCCACUGUUCGCUCCCAGUGGGCCACGCGCGAUGCUGCUGCACGUCUUGCUGUGCGUCGCCACCUCCCUACCUCCGAGCGUGCGCACUUUAGUCAGUACAAGAGUGCUCAGACCUUGUACGACGCUGUAGUCGCGCGCUACUCCUCCCCUUCCACUGCUGCACUGAGCCGUCUCAUGCUGCCGUACCUCUUCCCUGACCUUGCUGCCUUUCCCACCGUUGCUGACCUCAUUACGCACCUCCGCACUAGUGACACUCGCUACCGCGCUGCACUUCCUGCUGACUUCUGCACCGCGAACCCCCCCCCCAAUGUAUAUCACUCUGUACUUCCUAGUCACUCGCCUCCCUGA